AUGGACAAUACUGUAACUCUCAUCCCCUCCAACCAAGUCAUCAUUGCCGCCAAGGGCAAUCACAUCACAGCUGCAGAUAUCUCUCAUGCCCUAUUCUAUGCCAAUUCCCGGAUGCUGGCCAUGCGCCUGUAUGUCGACAAGAGUUUUGCCACUGCCAUACCUGGUUAUGCAGAGAUGUUCUACACCCUGAUGAAAUGGGAGAUGGAGACCUUUGCAACACCUUUCAUCAAUAUAUGUUUUAUCACCCGGUUGUCAGCUACUAUUCCUCAACUUCUCAAGGAUGUGCUCUCAACCAUGACUGCUCACACAUUGGUUGAUCGGCGACCGGAUGUCAAUGCCAUUUUGCAGGAUAUCCGGGCAUUGCGCCUUUCUGCGGAUUCAAACAAAUCCGAUGACUAUGACAUUGCUCACAUGCCAGACUACUUCAAUUACUGGUGGAAGGAAUCACUUGGUUGUUGCAGGGUUUCAGAUAUGUUGCCCAAGUCAUCUGUCCAAGAUGUUAUGGAUUUGGUUGAAUGGCACUUUUCACACCUUGUCAGUCCAUAA